CCAAAAGUCCUACGGAGUACACGUUCCUCACAGCCAUCACGACAAAAAAGAAUCUGUAUCUGUCUUCUGUCCCCUGUACUUUCUUCAUCGACAACCGCAAGCUCAUAAUGUUGCUUCAAUAUUCGUCACGAUAAUUGUUCUGCGCCAGUCGAACAACCCUCGAAGCUGUUUUCACAUCCCUGUACACUUUCGCCCGCCUCAUCCCUAAUCUCCUCCCUUCGCCGUGCUUGUCAGAAGGUGUCCCCGUCUUCAAUCAAACCACGAUUCCCAACGCCUCUGCUUCCGACCACAGCCAUCCCGACCACCGUCGUCGUCUCUUUCGAUGCGCGGCAUAGAUUGCAUGGUGUCAAGAUAGCAUCUCAGGAGAACUGCCAAACCUCCUCUUUUGUUGGACGGACUCCGGAGACACGUUCAUAACCAUGGGGCUAUUGCAACGGCUGUACAAGCGCCUGCCUUCAACGCCGGCAGUCGAAGAGUGGAAGAAUGAGAAGCCGAAGUCGGUAUCACGAUUAUCCUUCUUUCGCAGGCGCAUCAAGCUGAAAGGAAACUCUUCGAUAUCAAUACCGCUGGGAUUCCUUUUACUAUUUCCCAGUCUGGUCGUCAUUUUAAUUCUUAUCCUCGUGAUAAAACAUCCCAACUCCCCCGGACGAAUAUUAGUUCCCGCUGGGACACCGCCUUCAAUAAGAAAGAUUAGCGAGAGACACGACAAAGUAUUCGCUACUGGAUGUAUGAACCCUGAAGAGGCUGCGAAACAACCACGAGCCAAUGCCGCCUUUGUUGUAUUGGCGCGAAAUAAAGAGUUGGAAGGAGUGAUACAGUCGAUUAAAAGCAUUGAACGACACUUCAACCGCUGGUUCCAUUAUCCCUACGUAUUCCUCAAUGACGGUGAAUUCGAACAGGACUUCAAGGACACCAUAACUAAUUACACCUCCGCUCCCGUCGAAUUUGGCAAGAUUGACAACACAAUGUGGGGUUACCCAGACUGGGUUGACCAUGAGGUUGCAAGGGAAGGUAUUCGGAAGCAGGGAGAUGCGGCCAUCAUGUACGGUGGCAUGGAAAGCUAUCAUCAUAUGUGUCGCUUCUACUCCGGUUUCUUCUACAAGCAUGAACUGCUCCAAAAGUAUGAGUGGUAUUGGCGCUUGGAGCCAGAGAUCAAAUACUUCUGCGAUAUCACGUAUGAUCCAUUCAUUGAGAUGGCACGAGCCAACAAGACUUACGGCUUCACAAUUGCCGUCAAAGAACUCAAGGAAACGGUACCCAACAUCUUUCGAUACGCCUCGGCCUACAAACGGAAGCACAAUAUCAAGUCAAAGGGUCUGUGGGAGAUGUUUGUGGAGCCACAGCCUGAGAAGCAAGACAGUGGGGACGACAAAAGAGCAAAGACGCUGCCUAAUGAAAUUCUUCAGACUGAACCCGGCCAUCAAAACAUUGAGGAUAUCGACCCCGAAAACAUGGAGGGCGAAAAGUACAACAUGUGUCAUUUCUGGAGUAAUUUCGAGAUCGCCAGACUCGAUUGGUUCCGCAGUAGAGAGUACGAGGAAUUUUUUGAUAUGAUGGACAAGAGUGGAGGGUUCUGGAUGGAAAGAUGGGGUGAUGCACCCAUCCAUUCCCUUGCAGCAGGCGCACUUCUCGCACCUCGCGACAUCCACUACUUCCGCGAUUUUGGUUAUAGACAUACAACCAUCCAGCACUGCCCGGCUAAUGCUCCAGCUAGACAACUGCCACACAUUCCGUGGUACGAAAAGACAACCGAAGAUGAGAAGGAGCGUAAGGAGGAAGACGACUACUGGGCGAUGCCAGACCCGCCUAAGGAGAAUGGCGUAGGCUGUCGUUGCAGAUGUGACACUGAUAUCCGAGAUGUCGAAGGCAAAGAAGGCAGCUGCCUUGCCGAAUGGGUCGAAGUUGCCGGAGGAUGGGCUUCUCCUUAGAAGCAUAUCAGAAGCUGAGAGGAUAUUGUCUCAAUGCAAAGGAACUUCCUUGACUCGAUCGAGCAUUACAGGUCGGCGUUUGGCGUCUCCGUUUCGGGUUAGAGCCUCAUCAGGCGAACCGAAGCCAUUGAACAUGGUCGGAUAAUUGUGUGAUGGUGUUGGACCCAGUCUUUGGAUUCAGGAUGAUAACUUUGGUUGGUUCUAAAAGUCGCGGUCCGUCCAAACUCGGCAAUACAGAAAUUUAUGGCGCGAUUUGCGUCGCUUCGGUUCUUCAUGAACCACAAUGAGGAGGUGCCCUGAGCCGCCGAAGGAACGGUGGACGAAGCGGGAAAUUGAGGGCUCUCGGCCGUGUGCGUGUGACGAUUUGAAAUGGGAAACCCAGCGUCGAGUCGACGACCCCCUAUAAUAGGUUUGAUGAUGAGGACCCAUCUAUACAGACCGUACUAUCAACUGUACAUUCGAAUUGUGUGAAUACAAUGGUUUCUUACUG